AUUAGGCUAAAUGUAUUAGGCGAUAACCAUCCGGAUGUUGCUAUGUCAUAUAGUAAUAUAGGAAGCAUUUAUCAUAAACAGCAUAAAUUUGAUGAAGCUUUUUCCUUAUACGAAAAAUCACUUCGUCUUAAAUUGAAAGCAUUCGGCAAUAAUCAUCCUGAUGUGGCUGCUAUCUAUAAUAAUAUGGCAAGAAUCUGUGCAAGCCAAACAAAGCAUGACAAUGCUCUAUCGCUGUAUGAAAAAUCACUGCAAAUUUUAACCCAAAUCCUUGGCGAUCAUCAUCCUCGUGUCGCCGAUUCGUAUUACAACAUGGGUAUAGUCUAUCGUCUUCGAGGGAUGUUUGAUGAGGCGCUUUCGAUGUAUGAGAAAUCGCUUAAAAUUAGAUUAGAUAUAUUUGGAGAGAGCCAUACUGAUGUUGCUGCCUUGUAUCAAAACAUAGCA